UUAUAUAUAUAUAUUAUACAAAAUAUACAAGUAUGAUAUACAUAAUCGAUUCCGUAGAAGAGUGGAAUCGUUUUGUGCAGUUUAACCAAGUUCGACUGAGAUCACGUAGAUCACUCCAUUAUUUGUAUUGUUUUAUUACUCGUUUGAUUAGUCACAUGUAUGGUAAAUAAAAUAUAUAAAAUACAAGCUUGCAAGUUUCCAAAUUAGCAAAUUUUAUUAGUCUUGUCCCAAUUUCGAAAGUUCGAAAUUCUUCAGACUCCUAAAGUAGGAAUCGUAAGAAAUAAAAGUCCACUGGGUAUAUACGAACAGUGCCGAAAUUGUCGUAAGCGCGCAUGUGAAAUGCUGUUGGUUACAAAGCAUAUCAAAACCAAUCGGAACCAACGUGUGUAGAGUAAAUGAAAAUUAGUCGUUUAAGAAUUCUAUUCUUUCGUCGAAUUGACUAUAACUCUCUAGGCAAAUAAAAAAUAGAUAUAUAUAGGUGUGAAUCAAUCUAAUAUCUGGAUUUAUUAUAUAUAUAUGUUACAUAAUUGACCCUAUGAUUUAAUAUGAUGCGAGUAACCUUAAUAAUUAUCACGGAAAUAUAAGUUUCUAUUUGUAUAUUGGUUUGAUAAUAGUAUUGUUCGACAGUGUAAGAUUCUAAUUAUUGUACAAAUUUAUAUAAAUUAACUGAAAAAUGUCGCAGAAUCAAUAUAAAAAAGUUACACAUUGUAUUUUUGAUAUGGAUGGAUUAUUACUUGAUACAGAAACACUUUAUUCAAAAGCCUUUAAUCGUAUUGCAAACCGUUAUGGAAAAGAGUUUACAUGGGAACACAAAGUAAAAAUUAUGGGCUUUAAGACUAAAGCUAUUGCAAAAGUUACGAUUGAAAUGUUGGAUUUACCAAUGACAUCAGAAGAGUUUGAAAAUGAGAUAGUAGAAAUAUAUAAAGAAAUAUUUCCUUCUGCUAAUCUUAUGCCUGGUGCUGAACGAUUGUUAAGACAUUUAAAAGAACAUAAUGUUCCAUUUGCAUUAGCUACAAGUUCAAACAAAGAAAACUUUGCAUUGAAAACUCAAAGGUGGACACAUGUGUUUGAUUUAUUCAAUCAUAAAGUUCUUGGAGGUUCUGAUCCUGAUGUUGCUGAUGGUAAACCAGCACCUGACAUUUUUUUGGUUGCUGCCAAACGUUUUUCUGAUAAUCCUGAUCCUUCUAUGUGCCUUGUAUUUGAAGAUGCUCCAAAUGGUGUUAAAGCUGCGCUUAGUGCUGGAAUGCAGGUUGUCAUGGUUCCUGAUCCAAUGUUACCAAAAAAUUAUAUUGAAAAUCCAACAUUAGUAAUAAAUAGUCUUGAGGAAUUUCAACCUGAAGUGUUUGGCUUACCACCAUAUAGUACAUAACAAACUUAAAGUAUGUUCCUGUUUUAGUAUAUAGUUAGCAAAAUAUCUUAAUAUUAUAAGAAUAAAAUCAAUAUUAAAAUAUUGAUAUAUACGAGAAAAAAAUAAAAUAAUACAUAACUAU